UAAUGGACCGCAUGUGGAUUCCAUCGACCUCUGCAAAUGUUAUUAUUCUCCACGGUUUUAGGAUUGAUCUGAUCCAAGCGGUUCUUUUGGCCACUUUUCUGGAGUUUGCUCUAUUUUAAAUAAUGACCUCCGCAGGGACGCCGAGUCGAUUCCUGAAAAGCGUUCUUCAAAACGGCGUGGGUCGUUACGUAUGCCAACUCAAGCGGAUCUCCAUCGUCUUCUCCAAGACCGGCGAGAGCUCGCUGGGCGUCAGGGACUUUAUUGAAGAUGGAGUGGUGGAUUAUGCCAAGAAGAACCCUGGCACGGUGGUGUAUGUGUCCCCUCAGCAGCGCGUCAGGCCCAGAAUAGUGGCGGAAUACUUAAACGGCGCCGUGAGGGAAGAGACGGUGACGAGCAAAACGUCCUCGCAGAUCUCAGAGGUCCUGACGAAGCUGACCAAUCAGUCGGGUCUGGACAUCAUCCGCAUCCGCAAGCCCUUCCACACGGACAACCCCAGCAUCCAGGGCCUGUGGCACCCCUUCACCAACCGCCCCCCUCGGCUCGGCGCCGUCAGGCCUUUGAGGCAGAGUGACGGCAAAGGAACUCUGGAAGUUAAAUAAAGAAGGUUUACUGUUGCUUGGAUGCUCUUCUGUCUCCUUUUUUUUCUUUUCUUUUGAACGUGGAGCUUUGAGGCAGCGGCAACUUUGUUUGCGCACCAAAAUAUUUGUAGUGCAAACACUGGCGGUUAAUUUUAGAUUUGAAUCCGAGGAGUGUUUGGACAGCUUGGCCCGCUCCGUCAUAAGUCGCUGAUGCUGAUGCUGGACAGCUUUCAUUUUUCAGCUUUCAUCAGGUUUGGUUCGUUUGACUGCUGUUUCUGCAGCUUGACGCCGACCAAGGUUGACUGAACACAAGCUGCAGGAGUCACUGGUCAUGACUGGAUGACCCUCGCUAAGGCAAUUCGAUACACGGAUUAAGAUACAAUUCAUAUUUUAAAAACAGAAUGAUUUGAUACCAUUCAACGGUUACAUUUGUUGAUGUAGACAUUAAUCUUACAUUAUAAAAUAAAAAAGCCAAUUCGAUGGAAGUGACAUUCUUACAGUAUUUUCACAUGUGUAAAAGAGCACAACAUGUCCCCAAGCAUGCUGUCAGGCAGGGGGCCCCAACCACCCGGCUCCGGGUAACGUUAAAAAAAAAAACAACAAACACUUAAAAAUAAAAUAAUCUGUAAAUAACUACAUCAAAUGUUAUGUAAAUGGAUAUCAGUUUUGGAAAUAUGGAUCAUUAUUGUAUUCAAAAGAUAAUCCACAUUUAGAAAUCCCCCAGUUUUUGCAUGUUGAAUGCAAGCGGCGACUUGAACACACCUCACGUUCUCCCACACUGAACAGAUGGACUACUAUGCUGUAUUUUUACCCUUUUUCUUUCACCUGACAUUUGGUCCCAAAUGCUGAUACUACAGUAUGUGGGAAAGCAUAAAGGUAAGAUUUGAUGACCCUACUGAGUGCUAAUAUUAAUAUUAAUACACCUCUCUCAAAAACAAACUCCAGGCUCGUACUGGUGGAUGCUGGCUCUGUAUUCAUUUAUUGCUUUUAAUUUGAUGCUGUUCAUGUCAUAGUUUUAUACAAUACAUAAUAAAU